CGCCCAAACGAGUGAAUAACGACAGGCCACGUCGACACCUAUUGAUACUAGGGCUAAGUGCUAGCUAGAGGCUAGGCGGUGACGUCACAGGCUACGCACACCGCCUGGGGGGCAUGGGUACACCCGCAGAAAAGAAAAAAUCAGUCAAUAAAAGGGUUCACUCGCGGAACGCACAUAACACCGCUUGGGGGGCAUGGGUACACCCGCGAGUUAAACACGCGCGCUCCGCUCGCGAAACGCGCAUAGCGACUGCCGGCUGUGACGCGCAUGGAACCUGGGAGCGCACACACCCGCGGAAAAGAAAAAUCAGUCAAUAAAAGGGUUCACUCGCGGAACGCACAUAACACCGCCUGGGGGGCAUGGGUACACCCGCGAGUUAAACGCGCGCGCUCCGCUCGCGAAACGCGCAUAGCGACUGCCGGCUGUGACGCGCAUGGAACCUGGGAGCGCACACAACCGAUGGCAGCGGUUUACGCGCGAAGGGAAGGAAAUGCGAAGAGAGGAGCGCGCACAGCACGUUGUAUACAUGCGCACCGAUAACCCAAGGAAGCGCGUGAAGCGUGAAGAACCGAGCCACCCACGCGGAAGCCAACAGGUGGCAUUCACAGAACACCACCUGGUGGGGGGCAAUUGUUGGGGAUGUGGCUCGGACCAAGUCGCGCGAGCUAGACGGCCGAAUGAACUUCCAGCAAGCAAGGGGAUGACCGCAAAUGGCGGAGGUAUCGAGCGCCGUCGUUUUGAUCCUGCCCAGACCGACGUCAUUUUACCUCCUCGUUUGAUCCCGCCCAGGCCGACGUCGUUUUGCAUCGUCCAAAACCAGCGCCGUUUUAGUCUCACUCAAGCCGGCGUCGUUUUGCCCUGCCUAGGACAGGGAAGGAAGAUCGAGAGGAUGGCGCCGCAGUCUACGAAGGAAGGGUCAUGUCUUGAGUCAGGUCCUAGGAAUAAUUAUGGCCUAAAAGCAUGGCCUAAGUUCUGACACACGUAGUAGUCUUAUCACAUUAAAUACCCACUACUGUAAUGUACUAUAAAAGGGGCAUUUACUACGGUAGGUAGGGGAUUGGUUUUUGGAUUCUCUCACUAAUAAACACUCACUUCUCUCUCUAGCCAAUUUCCUCUGUUCUUCCUUCCUCUCUAUCGAAAGCCCUCAUCAGAAACAAGCCACAAUCACGCAUCGCUUGCUCUACUCCCCCCUCCCUCAUGAGUCUCACUCCUACACUUAGUUAGGCUCAAACAGUAUAUAUAUUAAACAUUAAUUCAUUAAAUUUCUAUAAUAUUGAAUAUUUUUUUUCCAAGGCAAGCCCAAAGGGCAUGAGACCAAAACUCGACACAAUUACAAGACUGACUCAAAACAUAUACGUUAGGCCGUAUGCAACCAGACUACGAUAAUUUGAAAAGGUUGAUCAUUCUAGCGAGAAUAUCGAUGGAUUGAUGAUUGCUUAAAAACUAACUAUCGAUCUUUCUUCUAGAGAAAAUAUAUUAACGAUGUGUCUUAUAUUUUUUUCUUGUCAUACAAAGAGACCAAGGCUAGGAAGAAUAGGGGUCGUUUGCUUGUUGGAUUUGAAAACUGAGGGUUUUGGCCAAUAAAAACCUUGGGAUUUAUGUUGGAUUUAUUGGAUUAUGGAUUUGAAGAGUCUAAUGUUUGCAUGAUGGAUUUGUGAUGGAUUUGUUAAAUAAAUAACUAACCAUCAAGGAUUUUCAAAUCCCAAAUCAAUAUGUGGGAUUUACAAGUCCGUGGGGUCCACGGAUUUGGUUCCAAAAUAAAGACCAAAUCCGUGGACCCCACGAAUUUAGCACCCCUCAACAAACAAUGAACUUAUGUUAAAUCCAUCAAGCUUGGGAUUUGGGAACCAAAUCCAUGACCCAAAUCCAACAAGCAAACGACCCCUAAGAAGAAACAAGUACAGAGGGAGGGAGUUAAGCCAGAGAGGUAGGGGAACGAGCUACGAUGCGUCGUUCGAAAGUGGUACCCACAUAUCAUCUCCUAGAACAUAAGCUAGACUUGGAGGUAGGUUUGCAAGCUCAUACAUACCGUAGGUGUUGGACGGUUAUAGAAAGUGAAAUAAGAAUAGUGAAUCCUUUGUCAAAGAUUAUUGGUGAUUCCGAAAUUAAGGAUGCUAGAACUUGAAGCUUCCAUUUCUAACAAGCUUGGAAAGGAAAGUCCCACAGGAAGGCUUGAUUAUAGCUGCUGAAUUGGAAUUCCUUCCUUUUGCAGAUUGGCAGUAACAUCAUUGUUUUCAAGCUAUAUAUAUUCCUCUUACUGUUCUUUUGUUAGCAAAUUUUGUAAUGGGAAGAGCUAUAGGUCUUCAGUUUACAAAAGGUUUCAACAGUCAGUGGAGAAUCUGGAUUGUUAAAGGUGUAACGGGUCUGGUUGAGAUCCGAGAAUUGGUUAUUCGGUUCUUUCUUUACAGCUUUUGUGUCUUUGUUUCCGUUUAUGUUUGAUAGGAGAAACGAAAUAAAAAUAGUGUCCCCUAGAGAUCAGUGGGUACUGACUCUAGGACGAGGACUGGCCAGUAGAUUGGGAACCUCGUUAAAAUCAUGUGUUCAUUACCUUCUUACUGCCCUUGCUUUUCUCGCUCAGUUUUGAUAUUCCUAGUCUUUGUUCAUUUUGAGGUGGAUUACAAAAAAUCGAGCCGCCUGGACCGUUGACCAAAGGAAAAGUGCCCAGCUAAACUGCUGAGCAAUGUAUAUCCUGCAAUGCGCCAUGUGUGCCGAUGAAGCCGAGCGGGUUGAACAUUGCGAUUCGGAGAAGGAAAUAUGAAGGGUUUUAGAGAACACCUAUGAAGGAACCUCCAAUAUCAGGGAAACCCGAAUUGACCUCCUGCUACACGACUACGAGGCAUUUGUUAUGGACUCAGGUGAGAGUAUCCAUAAUAUGUAUUGCAGGUUUACUAGUUUAGUUAAUCAACUUAAAGGAUCAGG